CGCAGAAACAGAACAACUUAGAAAUCAGUCAUCAUGUCCUACCAGCUUGUCAUAUUUGACUUUGAUGGCACACUGUUCGACACCUACGAUGCCAUCGAGCACUCCAUCCAAUUGACCUUCCAGCGCCUUCUACCCUCUCAUCCUCCGCCUUCGUCCAGCGACAUUCGCCCGCUCGUCUCCACCGGCGCGCCUCCCGGGGACACCUUUCGCAGUCUACACCCCAAUCCCACCACCUUCGACGAGUCUCUCUGGAUUCCUACCUAUCGCGAGUUGUAUGCCAUUCAUGGCCAAUCCCGUACAAGUCCCUAUCCCGCCGCUCGCGACGUCCUACAAGCAUUGCACGAUCGGAAUCAACCCAUGGCCAUCAUCAGCAACAAAGCAGCGGUCGCAGUGAAGGCGGCUUUGGAGAAGACCGACCUGCUCCACUUCUUUCCAGAUUCCCUUAUCCUGGGUCAUGGUGUGGCCGGCGUGCAGCGCAAGCCGGAUCCGUCCAGCUUCACAGACGUGCUCUGGCCGAACUGGAAAGCCCUGGGGGCGCCCGAGGAGGUGGAAGCGGAGCGCGUACUGAUGGUCGGAGACACCUUGACGGACAUCCUGUACGCAAGAAACAUCGGAGCCCAGGUGUGUUGGUGUCGAGACAUUAGAGGAUGUGCUCAAGAUCGUGGAGGGCAGAUCGUGACUAGUGAGAAGCCCUGUGGCCUCUCGCUCAUGACACUGGACUAUGAUACAGACAUAGAUUCACAUAGACCUAUUGCUCGCGGCUUGGGCUCGAGUAUCGGUAAGAAGCUUCGCAACCAAGGUGCCCGGCUAGCUAUUUUAUAUGCCCCCUUCGAGGCUGCCCGACGCGAUGAGCUGCUAGAGGCGGGAUACGGUGAGCUGCCCGCGCGCGAGGAUAUCCGAACCUAUGAAUGCGACAUCACGAACCCUGAGGCUGUUAAGUCGGUCUUCACCACCCUCAAGGAGGAGACUUUUACCCCAUCAUCGACGAUGCAGUCUGCUCAUGCCUUCCCCAGCAUCCUAGUCAACACGGCGGGCUAUGUGUCGCUCAGUGAUUUGGAGCUCACCCCGCCGGAAGAGACUCUGAAGCAUCUGCACACCAAUGUCCUGGGUCCCAUGCUGUGCUCGCAGGCCUUUGCGCGCUUGUACUUGGCCGCGGCGGAGGUCGCUCAUGCGUCACCAAAUCCGCCGCCUCCCGGACGCAUCGUCAACCUGGCCUCCCAGGCCGCACAUGUAGCCCUGCAUCGUCACGGGGCCUAUUGUGCAUCCAAAGCGGCACUCUUGGGACUCACGCGUAGUAUGGCUUCUGAAUGGGGUGGCCGUGGCAUCACGGCAAACAGCGUGUCUCCAACAGUGGCCUGGACCGCUCUGGGACAGAAGGCCUGGGGGCAGGAUGAUGUGCGGGAGGCUUUCUUGAAGACGAUCCCGACAGGCAAAUUUGCGCAGCCAGAUGAGGUUGCGGAUGCGGUUCUAUUUCUCUGUCAGGACUCGAGUGGAAUGAUCAAUGGAGCGGACAUUCGCGUAGACGGUGGCUUUACUAUCAGGUAAACUGGGCCGGGAUUUGACCUUGACUAGUCGGAGGGCCACUAUAUGAUAGAUGUCCCAUCUCUACAUCGAGCACACUGGAUAUCAAUCCGGGUAUAGUGGCAUUAAUGAGAACAUGCUUAAAGUCCAUUCUUGGCAGGCCGACCCUGGUAUGGCAGCUCUAGUAUGUAUAAAGCAUGUGAGAAGUAGAAUGAUCAUGGUGUAAAUUCAAGAAGGGCUUGGAAAUUUAAUGUCCUCAAUAUCCGGCUACAGCCUAGAAAG